AUCUGACACAGUUCAUGGUAGCGUGAUCAUUCGACGGAAAAUAAUUCUCUUUGUACCAGUAGUUACAACACUUUGGAUCAUCUUAAUUUUUGUUUUUUCUUUUUAACAUUUUCUCCUAUUUAAUUUUAUUAAACUGGUGAUAUAAUCGUUAUAUAUGAACAACUCACGUUAAACGAAAUUAUUAAGUUGAUAGGCAGCAAAAACGAACGUAGAUAAUUGGUUCUAUAUAGCUUACAUAUAUAUAUAUAUAUACUUUUGUACAACGUAAUGUGAAACCGAUUUCGCUAAGAGUUUGAUUUUUGUUGUCGUCAUCUUCGCCAACGAUUGUUAAGUACGUGUACUCGAGAAAUAAGAGGUGAGAAGAAGGAGAAAAAAAGAAAUGAAGACAAUUUUGUUAAUACUCUCGUCUCUUUUCUUUGUCUUUGUAAAUAAUUGCAUUAUACCAUCGCCAUUAACGUUGCAAUUAAUGAUUGAGUAUGCUAAAUGGAGAUCAUGGGAUCAAAUUGUACUUUUCGAUAAUCUCAGUUCAAAGAAUUGUGUCCUGAAAUAUGCUCGACCUUUAAUGACUUGCCUUGCUGAAAGAGGAAUUAGCGUGUCUAUUCAGUCGGCAACAAAUCCAAAUAUACCAGUCGCACUUACGAUACGACGACAUAGAAUUGGUUCUAUUGUACUUUUAGAUGGACUCAAUUUGACUUCCUCGGAUAAUGUACUCCAUGUGGCUUCGCAAAAAUUAUUGUUCAACUAUUACGUAUCUUGGUUUAUGAUCACGGCUAGAAAUACGGAUACCACCAUCGAUGCCGUUCUAAAGGAUCUCAAUAUUGGUAUUGACAGCGAUGUGGUGGUUGCAACCUCUUCAAAUUCGCAGGACGUUAUGCGGGAAUUGACGUUAAAGUAUCGGAACAGAACGUGUUCGAACUUCCGACAAUACGGCCAACUUGUCGAUUUUCAAAAUCUAUCGGAACGACGAAAUUCCGAUAGAACUAUGAAUCUGGAUUACAUUACUCGGGAAAAUCGGACCAUGUGUUUCCAUUUUUUACACGUUUAUAAGAUUCGUAACUCCGACAAUUCCAGUCUCGUCGUGUAUUCCCUUGGGUCUUGGUGUCCAGGAUUAUUCUUACUAAAGAAUCCAAUGAGUGUGAAACUGAGAAAAGAUUUCAAAGGUUGGCCAAUCAUAUUUGGCGUUUUAAAUGGUACAAACGAUGGCCAGACAGACAUUACCGACGAGGUCGAGGUCAAUGAUAUCGUACCUCUUUUAGAUUUUGCUAAUUCUGUAACCCACGAUCUAAAUGCCAGUUCGAGUAUGGAAUUGAUUCCGCACGAUAAACUUGGAACUCUGACGAACAAGGUUUGGAGCAAUCUUCUCGGUGACGUAGUUGCUGGUACUGUAGAUGUUGGAUUAGGAUACAUAACUAUCAAUGAAGAAAGAUUAGGAGAUAUGGCGUUCAGCCAUCCUCUUAUUCGAUACAUGAGAAAUGUUUAUUAUCAUCCGUUGGAAACCGGUACCAUGAGAGAUAUAUUUCUACAGCCAUUCAAUGAUCGAUUACUUGGCUGCGUAGCUGCCACAUACUUCUUAAUCUUACUCUCAAUGGGAACGAUUAUUUACGUGGCUAAAAGAACUUUACAUCCUGAAGAAGAGAAGAACGUUGGACUCGGUGAAGCAGCACUUUGGUGCAUGAGUAUCAUGUGCAUGCAAGGAUCACCUUGGAUACCAAAAAGUCCAUCGGGAAAGACUCUCUUACUUUUUAGCCUAGUAUUUGCAUUGGUCACUUACAAUGCUUACGCUGGUUUUAUAACUUCCAUUCUAUCUGUACAAGCCAGUGGAAUAAAAUCGAUUACAGAUCUCUUGUUUAAUAAUUUUAAAUUAGGAUACAGUAUCACGGAUGAUGAAUACAUUCGGAACGUUAACGACAGUCACCUUCGUCAACUAUAUAUAAAAGCUUUCAACAAUCGUGAAUCUCGUUUGGGAGCGACGACUGGUCUCAUGAAAGCCGCUCAAGGACGUUAUGGAUUUUUCGUUAGCGCAACUCUGGCACGCCGUGUUUUACGUACAACGUUCAUUCAAGAAAGAUGUUCGUUAAAGGAACUCCCUUUACCUCAGACGUUUACUCUCGUCGCUUUACCUAUGGCCAAUACUUGUCCAUAUAAAAAGAUUAUCAAUUUGAGUAUACUGCGUAUACAAGAACACGGUGUUCUUCGAAGAAUAGCUGAGAAAAUGUUACCAGAAAUGCCAAGGUGCAAAGCACCAACGACAUUUAACAGUGCAAGAUUCGCCGAUGUUUACUCGGCCUUUUUAAUACUGAUAGUUGGCCUCAUUACCGCCGUUUCUAUUGGAAUAUUUGAGAGAAUUUGGAACAAAAGGAAGCAAAUGCAAGAUAGCAUAGUACGGGGAUUUCGAGAACAUCACUUUAUUCCUCAUAUGCCUCAUAUACACUUUCAUUAUCAUCACCGACAUCAUCAACAACUUGAUCAUCAUCCUCUUCCUCAUAAUACUAAUCAUCAUUCUAAUCGUCAUCCUAGCCAUCAUGGAUAUCAUAACGAUCACUCGUUUCAACCCUAUUUUAUUAAUGAUCAUUCAAAUAAACCUGCGACUUCUUACUUUAUAAAUUAUCCUAAUUUUGCCUCAAAAAAUAGCGAAAUGAUUUCGAUGAAUAGAAAGAAACCUAAUGAAUCAUUGAACGUAUCAUCGAUCAUGAAAAAUCGUUCGUCUGUUAAACAUUCAUCGUCCAUACGAAAGCGAUCAGCCAAUAACAUAUCAAAAAGGGCUUUCUGGGCCUCGUUCGUCGGUACAUCUCAAAAACAAUCUAAUGUAACGAUCGACAAACGAGAUAUAUUAGUCGAGAAAACGAUUAAGACGGAGAACACGGAGGAAAAUAAAAAAAACAAUUCGGAUGUUUUACCUUUUCGUCUCUAAACAUUUUUUAUUUAUGUCACGUUUAUCGACGUGCACUAUCUGCGUUUUUACACACAAAAACGUCAUUUAAAAAAUAUUUUGAUCAUUUAUAUUCAAUCGAAAUAUGUCGAAAAUUAAUGAAUAAAAAUAACUAGAGAUAUGUAUCAUAGUCCAACAAAUAUCCUUUGCUCUUAUUAUUUUUAAACAACGUUAUCUUAUUAUGU